ACUUCACUCGUUCUCUAAUCGAGGCGAAAGUCAGUGCUCCUCUUGCCGGCUCUCUCUCUCCUCUAGUAUUUCAGUCGGUCCACUGCAAUUCAUUGUUUGUAAUUUCAAUUUACUCUCGGUAAAGUUUGAAGUAAUUAUUUGCGAUCAUGUCGGUCCAAAGUGAUGCCGAAAAGCGAAAGCAAAUCUCGGUUCGAGGUAUUGCUCAGGUGGAGAACGUGGCCAACGUCAAGAAGUCCUUCAAUCGUCAUUUGCACUACACUCUAGUCAAAGAUCGUAAUGUAUCUACGGUUCGCGAUUACUUUUUCGCCCUUGCACACACCGUGAAAGAUCAUCUGGUAUCUCGUUGGAUCCGAACCCAGCAAUACUAUUACGAGAAAGACCCAAAGCGUGUCUAUUAUCUUUCCCUGGAGUUUUAUAUGGGCCGUACUCUGACAAAUACUACUGUCAACUUGGGAAUCCAAAGCGCAUGCGAUGAGGCUAUGUACCAAUUGGGUUUGGAUAUUGAAGAAUUGGAAGAGAUGGAGGAGGAUGCUGGAUUGGGUAACGGAGGUCUUGGUCGUCUUGCGGCUUGUUUUCUGGAUUCCAUGGCUACUCUUGGUUUGGCCGCUUAUGGUUACGGCAUCCGUUAUGAGUAUGGCAUCUUUGCCCAGCGCAUCAGGAACGGAGAACAGUUGGAAGAACCUGAUGAUUGGUUGCGUUUUGGCAACCCAUGGGAGCGAUCACGCCCGGAGUUUUCUAUUCCGGUUCACUUUGGAGGCCGUGUUGUCACCAGUGACGACGGAUAUCAUAAGUGGAUUGAUACAAAGGUGGUUUUCGCCUUGCCAUACGACAAUCCGAUCCCUGGCUACAAGAAUAACGUCGUCAACACGAUGCGGUUGUGGUCUGCCAAGUCACCACAAGAUUUCGAUUUGCGCUUCUUCAAUGACGGUGAUUACAUCCAAGCCGUUUUGGAUCGUAAUCUUGCCGAAAACAUCUCCCGUGUCUUGUACCCCAACGAUAACUUCUUCGAAGGCAAGGAACUGCGUCUUAAGCAAGAGUAUUUCAUGGUGGCCGCCACCCUUCAGGAUAUUGUUCGCCGCUUCAAGUCGUCCAAGUUCGGAUCGCGCGAAGCUGUUCGUACAUCCUUGGACUCGUUCCCAGAAAAGGUUGCUAUCCAGCUAAACGACACUCACCCGUCGCUCGCGAUUCCAGAGCUUAUGAGAAUUCUUGUUGACAUCGAAGGACUCACAUGGGAAAAGGCUUGGGAUAUUACCACCCGUACUUGCGCUUACACCAACCACACUGUUUUGCCCGAAGCCCUUGAGAGAUGGCCCGUCAGCAUGCUGAAUUCUAUUCUUCCUCGUCAUCUCCAAAUCAUUUACGAAAUUAACCACCGCCAUCUUCAGUGCGUAGCAAAGGCUUUCCCCGGCGACAGUGAUCGCCUUCGUCGUAUGUCAAUGGUUGAGGAGGAAGGAGAAAAACGUGUCAACAUGGCUUACCUGGCCAUCGUUGGAUCGCACGCUGUGAAUGGUGUAGCUCAGAUCCACUCCGACAUCCUUAAGCGCGACUUGUUCCAUGAUUUCUAUGAGAUGAACCCCGAGAAGUUCCAGAACAAGACCAAUGGUAUCACUCCCCGUCGUUGGUUGUUGCUCUGCAACUCGGCUCUCGCUGAUGUCAUUGCUGAACGUAUUGGCGAAGAUUGGAUUUCUCAUUUGGAUCAGUUGACUCAGCUGAAGGCGCUUGCCGAAGAUCCAGUUUUCCAACGCUCUGUUCAGACAGUCAAACAGGAAAACAAGAUGAAGGUGGCCCAGUAUCUCCAAAAGGAAUACAACGUCAACGUCAACCCGGCUUCUCUUUUCGACAUUCAGGUUAAACGUAUUCACGAGUACAAACGUCAACUUAUGAACGCUCUCCAUAUUAUUACGCUCUACAAUCGCAUCAAGGCCAACCCAAGGGCUUCAAUUGUUCCCAGGACAAUUAUGAUUGGUGGAAAGGCGGCGCCAGGUUAUCACAUGGCCAAGAAGAUCAUCAAGCUUAUUUGCUCAGUCGGCCAAGUGAUCAACAGCGAUCCUAUUGUUGGCGAUAAGUUGAAGGUUAUUUACUUAGAAAACUACCGUGUUACGUUGGCCGAGAAGAUUAUUCCUGCUGCAGACCUCAGUGAACAGAUUUCUACUGCCGGUACUGAGGCCUCGGGAACUGGAAACAUGAAGUUCAUGUUGAACGGAGCUUUGACUAUUGGUACACUUGAUGGCGCCAAUGUUGAGAUGGCCGAGGAAAUGGGAAUGGACAACAUUUUCAUUUUCGGUAUGAAGGAGAAUGAAGUGGAAGAUCUGAAAAAGCGAGGCUACAACGCCUUUGACUAUUAUAACGCAAACGCCGAGCUGAAGCAGGUCAUUGACCAGAUUGCUUCAGGAUUCUUCAGCCCGAACAACCCCGAAGAGUUCCGUGAUAUCUACAACAACCUUAUGUACCACGAUCGUUUCUUCUGUCUGGCUGACUAUGACGACUACAUGGCCGCCCAAGAAAGGGUUAACGAGGCCUACAAGGACCAGAGCGUCUGGAUGAAGAUGUGUAUCCACAACAUUGCUUCAUCUGGUAAAUUCUCCAGUGACAGGACUAUCGCCGAAUACGCCCGUGAAAUUUGGGGCGUUGAGCCUACGUGGGAUAAGUUGCCUGCUCCUCACGAGCCUAUUGAGGAAGGCAAAUGAAAUGUUGAAGCGUCUAUUUUGUCACAUUUGCAUAUUAUAGGAGGAAAAGUUUGCAAAACGUGUUCACAGUAAUCAUCACACAAUCAUGUUACAACUCGACUAAUCUUCUGUAAGUGGAAGAGUUGUAACCCGAUUGAAUAAUGUGUGGGAAAAGAACGAUCUUGUAAAUCUUUUAAAGCCGUCUCUCCAGACUGUUGUAGCCACAAUGUCAUUUAUUGUUCAUGUUUGUUAUUUUUCUUGAAUUCUAGCUUCGAUGUUGUUCUGUUUCUGUCACAGAAAGAACUUUAAUGUGAGUUUCCACUUCUUCUCUUACCAUUUUAAAACUAUUGUGGUCAUUUUCAAAUCCCACCUUGUUUUCCUUUCUUUGUAGUCAAAUGUAAUGAGAAUGAGGAAAUAGAUAUAAAUCCGCAUUACAAAUCUCA